AUGACCUUCAAUCCAGCCACCGAGAUUCGAAUCACCUACCGCCAGAUUCCAUCAUGGAACCGUAUUCCCAAUACAUCAAUCCAACAUAAACCGGUGAUGAUAUACCAUGGUGCAUUCAACGCCACUCCCGUCGAUCUUGAGCGGCGCCUUAAGGCGGUCGGCGUAGUUGGGCCUCAAUGGACCUAUACCAUGUACACCCUGACCCAUUUUCAUUCCACUACUCAUGAGGUCCUAGGUGUCGUUGCGGGGCGAGCACGACUGUGUUUUGGGGGUGAGGGGAACCCGGAGCGUUUCGAGCCAGUCGUGCAGCAUGGGGAUCUGAUCAUUGUGCCCGCGGGAGUCGGACAUCGAUUGUUGACUGAUGAGGGAGAGGAGCCGUUCGAAAUGGUUGGUUCAUAUCCACAUAACAAGGAGUGGGAUAUGUGUUAUGGGCAAGCUGGCGAAGAGAGCAAAGUCCAGGGCAUUCAAGAUGUUGCAUGGUUUGAUCGAGAUCCGCUCUACGGAGACCAUGGCCCUGCCCUGGACAUUUAG